GUAAUCUUGUAAAAUUUGGGGUUGUUAAGGGUUGUUUGUAGUGUUUUCGUCUCAAUUUUGUUAAAAAUUCACUUCACACAACUAACGUACAAAACAUUAAGUAAUUGUUGAAAGCAAACGUUUUAGUUUGGAAGUAAUUUUUGUGGGCAUAGCCUAGCAUUACAAAAAACGCUAAUUUUGGAAAACUGUGGUCUUGUAUCAAGCCAAAAUCAUGAGCACUCAACCGAGUCCAGCAAACCAAACCGUCGAACGCGAAAAGGUUUUCCAGUGGAUUCUGGAACUCACUAAUCCAGAAACUAGGGAGAAUGCCCUUUUAGAAUUAAGUAAAAAACGCGAAGUUGUACCUGAUUUGGCCCCAAUGCUGUGGAACAGCUUUGGGACAACGGCGGCUCUCUUGCAAGAAAUCAUCAAUAUUUAUCCCGCAAUAAAUCCAGCCACGUUAACUGCUCAUCAGUCCAACAGAGUUUGUAACGCUUUGGCGUUGCUCCAGUGCGUGGCCUCCCAUCCGGAAACCAGAUCUCAGUUUUUGUUGGCACAUGUGCCUCUUUUCCUCUAUCCUUUCCUGCACACAGUUUCCAAAACUCGCCCUUUUGAGUACUUGAGACUGACAAGUCUUGGAGUAAUUGGUGCACUUGUCAAGACUGAUGAGCAGGAGGUCAUUAAUUUUCUUCUGACGACUGAAAUAAUUCCCUUAUGCUUGCGAAUAAUGGAGUCUGGAUCUGAACUAAGUAAAACCGUUGCUACCUUUAUCUUGCAGAAGAUUUUGUUGGACGACAGUGGCCUUUCAUACAUUUGCCAGACCUAUGAUAGGUUUAGCCACGUGGCUAUGAUUUUGGGUAAAAUGGUUUUGGUUCUGGCGAAGGAACCAAGUGCUAGGCUUUUGAAGCAUGUUGUAAGGUGUUAUUUAAGAUUGUCAGAUAAUCCAAGGGCUAGAGAAGCAUUAAGGCAGUGCCUCCCUGAUCACUUACGUGACAACACAUUUACCGUGUGUUUGCAAGAAGAUAAAUCAACGAAACAUUGGCUUUCGCAAUUGUUGACGAAUUUAGAAACACCCGGUACUUCAGAAUUACGUCAAGGGGGAAUAUCACCCUUGACGUCCCAAUAGUUGAAAAUUGUGAUUUAAUAACGUCUUUCUUUAGUUUAGUUCAAAUAUCAAAUAACAGUAGAGUAUGAAAUGUUACUUUUGGACUAGGAUUUACGGUGUCUUAAAGAACGAGACAGAAUUUUGCAAAUUUAGCAGUUUCCAUUUAUCAGAUUCUGCCUUGUUUUUUAAGAUGCCAAAUGUCCUGGUUCACAAGUCACAUUUUAUACUCUACUAAUAACGAAAGCAAUCAUUGUAUUGUCCUUGUAAAUAUGCCAACAGAUCAUUUUACUUUGUAUCUUGUUUAUAUCUUUUAGGAUGCCUGAUGUGUAUUAUUUAAAUUUUUGUGAAAAAAAUAAAAUAUAUAAUUUAAAUUA